GUUCGCGCCACGAAAUUUAAAGCCAAUGUAAAAACUUACGCUCCCUCUACUUUCCCCUCUUGUCGCGCUUGCAACGGGCUUCAUUAGUUGUUUUCGUGCGAGAGUGUACGCCACGCGUUGUUUUGUUUUUACCACUCAACGUUUUUUACCUUAUUAGAUGGGUCAUAAACGGAAAGCUAAAAAGCUAAUUCGUAAGCGAAAUAAAAGAAGGAGGAAAGAUGAUCGAUUACAGGAUAUCGCGUAUAAUAUUUUAUGCGAAUUGCGGUCGAAGCAAGGUCGUGACAGCGAUACGGAGGUAGAUACCAGUGCUGAUUCAGAGCAAUCAGCAUCAACACCGCGUGCCGGUCCUUCGGAAACAAGUUUUGAUAAUCGAGAUUUAUCAUCUCUCCUUUACGAAAGUGAAGCAAGCGCAGACGGGGAAAAAGAAAACGUGCCUCCCUCUUCGAUUCCGUCAGAAUUCCUAACUUUGUUGGGCCAAUCCACAGAACCGGCAGUUACCUUACACAAUGAACUGCAUGUCGAGUUAGUCUCUCGCUGGGAGAGUAUCUUGAAAUCGGGGUUGGAUCCACAAGUGGCCAACGAUUUAAUAUCCAAGUAUCCCCCAGCAGAAAACUGCAAGGUCAUUGGGGUACCUAAAUUAAACCCCGAAAUCGAAACCGCCAUGACAGAACAACACAAGCAAAGGGACAAACGAUUAGCCGAAACUCAGGGACGACUUGCAGCAGCUCUCGCAGCAAUCGGCAGGAGUUUGACGAUUUUGUUAACUCAGGAGGGGAGCGAUCUAGGGCUGACCCUUAUUGAGUACCUGAGCGAUGCGAGUCGCCUUCUCUCCGAUGCUCAUCACCAAGAAUCCGAGGCUAGAAGAUUUUUAGUGGCAUCAGGCCUAAAUAAGCAAUGCCGGGAGACUAUUGCUGCAGCUCCUAUAGGUGAAUGGCUUUUCGGAAAUGAUCUUACAGAGCGUAUGAAGGCUGCGAAGACCCUUGAACGUUCAUCAACUGAAUUCAAACCUACGAAGCCAAAACCUAUAAUUAAAAACUUCCCUAAAAGGCAGGGAAAUGCGAGGGGUCUGCCUCGGACGCUGAACACAUCCAGUCGGGGCAGACCGAAAAACUACAUACCACAACUGAGAGACCGCUACCAACAGUUACCCAGAAAAUAUUAUCAAAAUCAGUCCCAACACCAGAAUCGUCGUUAGUGAAGGUAAACAGGUCAGCCGGAAGAUUAAGUUUUUUUGUAAAUGCUUGGCGUGGAAUAACCCGAGAUCCGGUUAUUCUUUCUUGGAUUGAGGGCUAUACUAUACCUUUUAGUAAACAACCGAUACAAACUUAUCGGCCAAAGCAGAUGCGAUGGUCGAAAACUGAAUUAUCAGUAGUUAAAAUUCAUUUAACUAGUUUGUUAUGUAAUGGAGUAAUUUCAAAAUGUCGCCCUUCAAGGGGCCAAUUUGUGUCGAACAUUUUUUUAGUGCCCAAGCCUGAUGGUUCACACAGACUAAUCCUUAACUUAAAAGAGCUUAACCAGUACAUAGAAACUCAACAUUUUAAAUUAGAAGACUAUAGAUCAGUUACUAAGUUAGUUACGGAGAAUUGUUUUUUCGCAUCUCUGGACUUAAAGGAUGCAUAUCACUUAGUCCCAAUUAGAGUUAAGGAUAGGAAGUUUCUAAGAUUUUACUUUGAGGAAGAGCUUUUUCAAUUUAAUUGUCUUCCUUUUGGGCUUUGCACUGCUCCUUUAGUGUUUACAAAAAUAUUGAAACCAGUUUUUGCCAAACAUAGACUACAAAAUUUUGGGUCUAAUGUUUAUCUAGAUGAUUUCUUACUUCUUGGAGACUCGUUUCGCGAUUGUUUAUCUAAUGUUGCCACUACAAGAUCUCUACUGGAAGAACUAGGGUUCAUUAUAAACGAGAAAAAGAGCCGAUUUACACCCAGUCAGAGUAUACAGUACCUAGGCCUUGUUUUUAAUUCUCGCUCGAUGACAGUUAGUCUUCCAGUUGAGAAGCAAAAACGUAUUCUGCAAGAUAUCCACACUUUAGAGACUAAACUUAGUUGCAAAAUUAGAACCUUCGCAAAAUUCAUUGGUAGGAUUAUUGCAGCAACGCCUGCGGUUCGUUAUGCGAUGCUGUACACUAAGAAUUUUGAAAGGCAAAAAUUCUUAGCUCUUAAAAAGUCAGGGGGGGAGUACAACAGUACUAUGACAAUUCCCUCCACACUGCGGCACGAUUUUCUUUGGUGGAAGUCUCACAUUCAGGAAAGCAGAUGUAUUAGACCCAUAAAUUACACAAUGGAGAUUUUUAGUGAUGCAUCUCUUUCGGGCUGGGGAGUAGCUUGUUCAGGUAAAAGGUCUCAUGGAUUCUGGACACGAAUGGAAAGCAAAAAUCAUAUCAAUUUUGUGGAGUUGCAGGCAGCCUUUUUUGGUUUGAGGUGCUUUGCAGCUAAUUUUAAACAAACCAAUAUUUUACUCAGAAUAGACAAUACCACUGCUAUAUCUUAUAUAAACAGAAUGGGGGGUGUCCAGUAUCCACAUUUAAAUACGUUGACUCGAGAUAUUUGGCAGUGGUGUGAGAAACGCGAAUUAUGGAUUUUUGCUUCGUAUAUUCAAUCUUCCGAUUAUGUUGAAGCAGAUCGCGAAUCAAGGCGUAAGGUUUCUGAAUCUGAAUACGAGUUAUGUGAUCUUGCCUUCCGAAAAAUCUGUACCGAUUUAAGACAUCCAGACAUAGAUUUUUUCGCUUCUAGAACCAAUAAUAAGUGUGAACGAUAUUUUUCCUGGCUUAGGGACCCAGGAGCAGAAGCAGUGGAUGCCUUCACUGUAAAUUGGGUUGAUAAAAAUUUUUAUGCUUUCCCUCCUUUCGCGUUAAUUCUCAGAGUACUUCAGAAAAUUAAGUCCGAUAACGCGGAAGGGGUUUUGGUUGUUCCCUUUUGGCCUACACAACCUUGGUGGCCAUUAUUUAAUGCAUUAUUAAUUAAACCACCUAUUUAUUUCAAACCUAAUCCUAACUUGUUGUUAUCUGCUGAUAGGACGCCACAUCCGCUGCACGUAACCCUUACCCUGGUAGCAGGACUGUUAUCAGGCUAGCCUUAGAAAACAAGGGAAUUCCAGAGAUGGCCGUGGAAGUAUCCCUCGCCUCGCUGACCAAAUCCUCAAUAAGUCAAUAUAACCAUGGCUUAAAAUUAUGGUGGGAUUUCUGUGUAGGAAACAAAUUCGAUCCCUUUAUUCUCAACUUUAACAACAUUUUAAGUUUUUUAAGCGAUUUGUUUAAUAGAGGAUUUAGUUACAGUAAUCUUAAUACCGUUCGGUCAGCCCUCUCGUUAAUACUUUCACCAGAAGUAGGGUCUGACGCUAGAAUUAAACGGUUUUUUAGAGGGGUCUUUAAGUUAAGACCAUCCUCUCCCAAAUACAUACUUGGGAUCCUACCAUAGUUUUAAGCCAUUUAUCAACAUACUACCCUAACCAGGACUUAAGUUUGGAACAACUAACACGUAAGCUUGUUACGUUACUAAUACUAAUAACCGCACAUCGAGUGCAGACGUUGUCUCUGAUCAGAGUUAAAAAUAUUAUUUUGAACGAGGACAAAAUUCAGAUAAGGAUUCCAGAUAGAAUAAAAACCUCAGGACCUAAAAGCUUCCAACCAAUACUGGAAAUUCCUUUCUUUCAUGAAAAGCCGGCUUUAUGUGUGGCAAGUACUUUACAACACUACUUGGGGAGAACAGAAACCUUAAGAACGCCGAUGAUUUCAAACUUGUUCAUUACAUUUAGAAAACCGCACAAGACCGCAUCGACUCAGUCAAUCAGUCGUUGGAUUAAGAGUACUCUGGCUGAAUGUGGUAUCGACACCAAGAUUUUUACUGCACAUAGUACUAGACACGCUGCUACCUCCAUGGCUGCAAGAAAGGGCGUCAGUCUAGACGUUAUUAGAAAUACAGCAGGUUGGUCUGCUUCAUCACGGGUAUUUGCUCAGUUUUAUAAUCGACCAGUGUUAGAAGAGCAGUCGGUGGCAAAUGCCAUUUUAGGAUUAUUGUAACCUUAGAUUUAGUUGUAUAACUUUAGAUCGUUGUCAUUGUAAGGAAUAAAAUCCUUUCUUGGUUUCUGCUCGUUUGGUUGCAACUGCUUUAAACAUCUACACUAUAUGAUCUAGAGGACGAGAUGCGAAAUAAAAUUUUAAGAUUAAACGAACUUACCUUAAGUGAAGUUCAAUCUAAAUUUUAUGAAGCAUCUCGUCCGAAUAGAUCAUAGCCCUCCCUUCCCAGCCCUAUUUUUUGGAGUUGCAACAAAGAAGCAGAAUGGCUGUAAAAAAUGAAGCCCGUUGCAAGCGCGACAAGAGGGGAAAGUAGAGGGAGCGUAAGUUUUUACAUUGGCUUUAAAUUUCGUGGCGCGAACACUGAAACAACUACACUACACUAUAUGAUCUAUUCGGACGAGAUGCUUCAUAAAAUUUAGAUUGAACUUCACUUAAGGUAAGUUCGUUUAAUCUUAAAAUUUUACUUUGUUGCAAUCGGAAUCUACAAUCACACAUAACAAUUAUAUCUUAGUUUAUGAAAAUAU